ACGAUCUAUGAUUUCUAUGAAGAACAUGAAGACGAAGUUUAGUGAAGUACAGAGAGUUUGUGUUUUGUUGUAACAGUAACAGGGUUUUUCCGGAGAGUUAUUAGUUACAAAAAGUUAUCAGCUGUAUUUUCCCCUUUUUUGAAUAACAGUGCCAUAACUGGAUAAUUAAUAUUUACCAGUGUUGUUCUUUUGUUUUUGUCUUUACGCUACAUACUUGCAAGUUCCUUUUAGUUUGUAAUGGAAGAGGAAGAUCCCACAGAAAUUAAUUUCGAAAGGAUGCUGGGUGAAAUAUUCCCGCAGAUUCCUUUAGAAAAUAUAAGAGACAUCAUAAUGAUAGUGGAAGAACAAAACCCUCUAGACAGUCAAGAAGGAAAAAUAGAAAAUAUGAUCAAUUUAUUGUCGGGUGAUGGAGCGCAAGGCCCCAUUCCGCAAAUAGUGCCAACUGUAGAAACAUCAGUUAAUGAAGAACUGAAGCGGAGUCUAGCUUUAAUAUAUCCGGAUUGUGAUCCACAAUUUCUUUCUGACUAUUGUCAAGAGAAACCCCCAAGUUUCAGUUUAGAUAGGGCCAUGGAAGAGUUCAAUCAGGAUGGUUACGAAAAGGUUCAAGUAGAUCCCAUCACAAUUUGGAUGGAGUUGAAAGAUACUUUCCCAGAUGCAGACCCUUCGUAUUUAGAGAAAGAAGCUCGUAAAUUUGCUUUGUUGCCUCCACAAGCUCUGAGCGAGUUUGUACAAAAUGCUGUCGAAAAACAUGACUAUCCUACCAUGCAGGACUAUCUGAAAUCGAAAAAAGAAAACGACGAGCUGGCAAUCUACAAAACCAGAUUCAACGUCGAUAAGUAUCUGGAAGCUGUUCCAGACCCGGUGACUUUAUUUUCCGACCCCAAAAGAAAACUCGCUCUCGCUGACGAUGUCGAUGAGAACGACGUGAGGUACGCAAUGGCGUUCCUCCUCAAUCAGUACCGUCUCACGCGGAGAAGCUACAUCGAGAAGGUGUUCAAGUGGAAAAAUAAGAACUUGGUGGAGGUGUGCGAUUGCCUCGACAAGCUGGGCAGGAGUCUGAAGAAGGCGCGACCUUUCGAACAGGAGGGAGACACCUCAAAUGUUGGUUUGCUGCAAGUGGUGACUUAUUUGAGGAACCGCAAGCUCAUAAAGAGAAUGAUCAAAAUGAGGGACGAUUCCUAUCGACUUGCCAAAGAAGAAGCUAGAAAAUACAACCUUCUCGAAACGUGUCAGACUUGCUUUGACGAUGAGCUGAUUCCCGAAGAGUGCUAUUUUUGCAUGAAGGACUGCGUCUUCUGCAAGGAUUGCGUCAAAACUGGGACCGAAAACGUCAUCGGUAAAGGGGAAAUCAAAUUCCCUUGUUUCAACAAUUGUGGGGCCGAGUUCAGCUUUCAAACUUUGCAGAUGGUCCUACCGAAAAAUAUCUUCGAACGCCUGACACAAAGGUCUGCCAGCGAGGAGAUCAAAAAGGCGAACGUCGACGGCCUCGAGACUUGCCCCUUCUGCGAUUUCGCCAUGGUCCUGCCUGAGAACGAGAAGAUUUUUAAGUGCAUCAACGAAGAAUGUUUGAUCGAGUCGUGCAGGCAGUGCAGGCACAAGUCGCAUAUUCCGUUGCGGUGCAACGAAAUCGAGUACGAUGAGGACGUGAGAAGAAGGACCUUUAUCGAGAACAAGAUGACUGAAGCUUUGACGAGAACUUGUUACAGCUGCCAUAAACCUUUCAUCAAAACGUCAGGCUGCAACAAGAUGACUUGCAACUGCGGUGCCAAAAUGUGCUAUUUAUGCGGAGCUGCUAUCCAGGAUUAUUCCCAUUUCGGGGAAGGAAAGUGUGCUUUGCAUACAAACGAUACAGAAGUGAAUUUGAGGCGGAUUUUGGAAAACGCACAGAAGGCUAAGAACGAAUUAGGGGACGUUGAAAUAAAGUUCGAUCCCACGGUCAAUAUUCAGGAAUUUUAUCAGAACUGAAAAAAAAUUCAACCCGCAUUUCCUGUUGUAAAAAAUGUGAUGAGAAGUGCCAAUGUAUUUUUAUGUUCAUUAUUUGAUUUGUCUAUUGGCAUUUUAGGUUAGGUCAUAACUGUUAUAUUGUGAGAAUUUGACUUUAGAAUUUUGAGUGGUUGAUUCCGAUGACUUCCAUUAGGGGUGAUAUUUAUAGGCUGAAGCAUUUUUAAUUUUUCAUACUUAUUGCAUACUUCGUCUUUUUCAUAAUUUGCUACUUCAAGACUACAAAAAGUUGUAAUAAGGUUGAGAAUAUUUGAAUCAGUUGACGAAAAUCAACUUCAUGAUUUUCAAUGUAAAAACAUGAAUAAAACUUUUAUUUUUGAAA